GCCUGCUCCAUCGCGGCGGCUGCUGCCGCGGGAAAGCUGGAAGAUGAGCUGAGCCUCCGCACUGUUACUGUCUCCAGCGCUAAUCACAGGGUUUGGUGUCUACCUGAAGAACAUUUUACUUUAAAAGAAAAGAUGCUGUCUCCAAAUGAUAAAAAGUUAGAAAAGCUGGACCCGUUCUAUCGACCUUCACUGUCCAAGCAGAAGACCAGUGCUGAAAUCAUAAGUGAAGCACGAAAUGCCUUAAGAACAGUUAGGACCCAAAGACCGUUUACACCACGAGAAGACCAAAGAAAACUAUUUGGACCUGCGUCUUCAAGAACGCCAGAAAGUAGACCUCCUUCCUCCUUCAGCCUCCAUGCGUCCAGUUUUGAGUCAUCCGAUUCCAGACCCAUCUCUGGCGCACGUCUCAGUCCACUAGAGCUUAAACCGAAAGCUCCGACAUCUGCUGCCACAGAGGAGGAUCCCUGCCCUUCCUUUCCUAAACCCCCGGUGGACCCCGCGAAGAUUCGAAGAAUAAGCAGUGCUCGGGCGCGCUUGUUCAGGGCCGCCUCCCAGGGAGCUCUUCUGCCGGACAGAACCCAUCCUCCAGCUGAGUCAAAGAAGACAGUGGAAUCCAAAGAAACAGUUAUGAUGGGGAACUCUGUGGUGAAAAUAAAUGGGAUUUAUUUAACAGAAUCAAAUGCCAUUGGUCACUUAAAGAGUCACCCACUUCAGCUAACUUAUGAUGGCGGCUUCAGUGAAAUCAAGGAGCAAGAAAUGUUCAAAGGGACAACAUCCUUGCCAUCCCAUCUCAGAAAUGGAGGGGACCAGGGGAAAAGGCGUGGGAGGGCCUCAUCAUGCCCCGACAGUUCGGACCUGAGCAGGCUGGAAACCAAAGCAGUCUCUAAAGCCGACUUGCAAGAAAAGGAUACAGAAAUAGAAGUGGAUGAUGUCUUUUGGAAUACAAGGAUCGUACCAAUUUUGCAUGAAUUAGAAAAGGAAGAAAACAUUGAAACGGUUUGUGCUGCUUGCACACAACUCCAUCACGCUUUAGAGGAAGGAAACAUGCUGGGAAAUAAAUUUAAGAGAAGAAGUAUUCUCCUGAAGACCCUAUAUAAACUAGUUGAUGUUGGUUCAGACUUGCUCAGCCUUAAACUUGCAAAAAUUAUUCUAGCACUUAAAGUGAGUAGAAAGAAUCUUCUUAAUGUCUGCAAACUUAUAUUUAAAAUUAGCAGGAGUGAGAAGAAUGAUUCUCUGAUUCAAAAUGACAGCAUUCUGGAAUCAUUACUAGAGGUCCUGAGGACUGAAGACCUACAAACUAACACUGAAGCUUUUUUAUACUGUAUGGGGACUAUAAAAUUCAUUUCUGGAAAUCCAGGAUUUCUUAAUGAAAUGAUCAGCAAAGGCACUGUGGAAAUAUUGAUGAAUUUGAUAAAGCAAAUAAAUGAGAAAGCCAAGAAAUGUGGUACAUGCUCACCUAAUUCAGGCCACUUGUUAGUUCAAAUGACUGCUACGUUGAGAAACUUGGUUGAUUCACCACUAGCAAGAAGUAAGUUGCUGAGCAUCAGUGCCCUUCCCCAGCUCUGUGCGGCGAUGGGACAGCACAUGGGUGACAAGGAUGUCUGCACCAAUAUCGCCAGAAUAUUCAGCAAACUUACUUCUUACCACGACUGCUGUGUAGCCUUGGCCAGCUGCUCCCGAUGUUAUGCCUUGUUUUUGACUCUGAUAAACAAAUACCAGCAGAAGCAGGAUUUAGUCGUUCGUAUUGUUUUUAUUCUUGGCAACCUGACAGCAAAAAAUAACCAGGCUCGUGAACAGUUUUCCAAAGAGAAAGGGAGCAUCCCCACUCUGCUGUCAUUGUUCCGGACAUUCUACCAGCUGGAUCUGCAGUCUGAGAAGCGGGUGGGUGAAGGAGACCAGCAGCCCCAAGUGCAGAGGCCGCCGGCCCAGGUGGAGGACGUGCUCAUCAAGCUGACCCGCCUGCUCGCCAAUUUAGCCAUCCACCCGGGCAUCGGCCCGGCCCUCGCCGCCAACAGGCAUGUGGUGGGCCUGCUCCUUGCCACACUGGAAUACAAGUCAAUUGAUGAUUGUGAGGAGCUGGUGAUCAAUACCACAGCAACAAUCAACAACUUAUCUUACUACCGAGUGAAGAACUCCAUAAUUCAGGACCAAAAGCUAUAUAUUGCUGAAUUGCUCAUAAAGCUUCUCGUGAGUAAAAACAUGGAUGGAAUCCUGGAGGCUGUGCGCGUUUUUGGAAAUCUCUCCCAGGACCAUGACAUCUGCGAUUUCAUUGUGCAGAAAAAUGUCCACAAGUUCAUGAUUGCACUGCUGGAUGCUAAGCAUCAGGAUAUUUGCUUUUCUGCCUGUGGUGUUCUCCUAAAUCUCACUGUGGAUAAAGACAAGCGUAUCAUCCUAAAAGAAGGAGGUGGCAUUAAGAAGUUGGUGGAUUGUUUAAGAGAUUUUGGUCCUACUGAUUGGCAGCUGGCCUGCUUGGUCUGCAAAACUUUAUGGAACUUCAGUGAAAAUAUCACUAAUGCUUCAUCAUGUUUUGGAGAUGAAGACACCAACACACUCUUAGUCGUGCUGUCAUCAUUUUUAGAUGAAGAACUAGCACUGGAUGGCAGUUUUGACCAAGACCUAAAAAACUAUCACAAACUCCAUUGGGAAACAGAAUUCAAACCUGUGGCACAGCAGCUUCUAAACCGAAUUCAGAGUCAUCACACCUUCUUGGAACCCCUGCCUAUGCCUUCUUUCUAACGUGGUGCCAAUUAACAACAGGAACAGGAAGUCAGGUCUCUUUCAUUCUUAAGAAGUGGUAACAAACAUGAACAUUUUUUUCAGUAUUAACCAAUAUCGCAAGUUUUCAGGUACUGAUUUUAGUGAGGAGUCUUAAGUAUUUUAAAAGAAAUAAGCAUUUCUUCUUGUUAGGUAUUAUGGAAAAAUGAAUAUACAUGUUGUACUUUCUGCUCUGAGAAAUGUAAGAUGAAAAUAUAAGCAUGGUUUUUCUAAGUAAAUGACUUUUUCUUCUAUUCUUUAUUAAAUAAGUUAGUUCUAGUCUUAAAAUCCUGGUUUAACAAUCCUGGAAUUUAAG